AUGUUUAUCUGUUUGUUACAGGUUACGAAUAAGACGUCCGGCAAGGUGAUGGUGCUCAAGAUGAACCAGCAACGUGCCAACAGGCCCAACAUGUUACGAGAGGUGCAGCUCAUGAACAAGCUCAAACAUCCAAACAUACUCGGGUUCAUGGGCGUGUGCGUACAUGAAGGGCAGUUACACGCACUCACGGAGUACAUGGAAGGUGGUUCCCUCGAGCAGCUUAUCCUCAGCCGGCCGCCGGAGCCCUUGCCGCAGCCCCUCAGGGUCUCCCUUGCAGCUGACGUAGCAGAAGGCAUGAUGUACCUACACUCCCUCGGUGUCUUCCAUAGGGAUCUUACUACUAAGAAUGUAUUAUUAAGAAAGUAUGGAGAAGGCGACUACAUGGCCGUUGUCGCUGACUUCGGCCUCGCAGCUAAAAUACCUCAUCCUGUGAACGGUUACAGACUACCAAGCGUGGGGUCUCCAUGGUGGAUGUCCCCGGAAUGUCUUCGCGGACGGUGGUACGACCAUCGCUCAGACAUAUUCUCCUACGGGAUCAUUCUGUGCCAACUUAUCGCCAGGGUGGACGCCGACCCGGACGUGCUCCCCCGCACGGACAACUUCGGCCUCAACUACAUGGCGUUUGUGGAGCUCUGUGACGAGGACACCGUACCCGACUUCCUUAGACUAACCUUCAACUGCUGCAUCUAUGAACCAAAAGCGCGUCCGCUAUUCCCAGAAAUAGUGAGCAAGCUGGCCGAAGUGAAGGAGAGCCUCGAUGACGCUACCUGGGGCUCGCAUAGUACUAACAACCAUCAUGAGAGUGAGGAUGCAGAUUCAUCAGGCCCUCGGUCGUGUCCUGGCCUGUAUGCGUGGCGGAGACCACAGCGGUUCCGCUCCGAGGGCAGCCCGCGACACAACGACCACGACCAACUGCAACACAGGCGCUCGCUGUCCGAACUGGAGUGGGGCGGCGCGGGCUGGCCCGGGCCCGCCGAAGCAGUAUUUCCCAAGGCUAGUGCCGACGUCCCGUCGAGGAAGACGCCCGUACUAUAG